GUCACUUUGCAGGGAAGUAAAAGUUAAUUACCAGUUGUGUAUAAGAGUGUGAAACUAAAACUGCGAAAACAUAAAGUACAACAUGGAGACGAUCGCUUUGCUGCUGAUGCUUGCAACUCUUGGAAAUGCAAUAACUACGAUACCUGUACAUGUACCACAAGCUGCACAAACUGGAGAUGUAAUACUAAGACUGCCAAAGGUCUUCAGAAAUUUGGACUUUUUUGAGAUCGAAGAUGGAGUUAUGCUAAAGAUUACAGUAGCGACUUAUGGAUACGAAAUCAAGCUGAGAGUACCCGGAAACGCCGUUCAGAGUCAAAAUGUUCUGUUGAAAUACAACAGCGGCGAAAAUGGUGAAUACAAACUGCUGAAAUUAAAGCUUAGAUCUGAAACGCCAAUGUUGAGAUCCACGAAGACUGAAGGCAUAGUAGAACACCGUGGACUUUUUGGAAAACUGAUGUCAUACUCACAUGACGUCACAAAUCAAGACGCGACGUCACACGGUCGAAGCCGACAAAGGCGCUGGGUGUUUAAUUCAUAUUCGGUCAAAGAAAAUAGGGAUCCAGACCAACUAAUCGCAAAGAUCCGGUCUUCAUACGAUAACUUCACUGGUACAGUGGUGUACAGCAUAUCGGGCCGUGGUGCUGAUUCCUUGUUUCAAAUUGAACCAUUGACUGGACGUUUAUUCGUCAAACAAAAGCUGGAUAGAGAGAUGCAAAGUUCAUACAAACUUAACGUAUCCGCACACGACAGUAUGGGAAACCCUCUUGAUCCGUCAAGCGAGAUAACAAUUGACGUUUUAGACGAAAACGACAACGCUCCCGAGUUUUCGGCGGGAAAGCUUCAUGCUCGUGUCAAAGAACGAUCGCCGUCUGGAACCAAGGUUACUGACGUCAUAGCACAUGACGCGGACGACCCGACGCAACCUUACGGUCAGAUCAGAUACUCGGUUCUCCCGUCGCCAGGUGACGCUGCCACCAAGUUUAUUAUCCACCACGAGAGGGGGACAGUGAGCACUAUUACGUCAAACUUGGACAGAGAGGAGAGCGACACCUAUGAGCUGGUUAUUCAGGCAAGAGACGACCCGAACGCUCGACUAAGUUUUAGUUCCAGCACUACCCUUACUAUAUCUGUGAUUGAUGUGAAUGAUAAUCCACCAGUGUUUAUCAAUGAACCUUAUACACCUCGUGUCCCAGAAGACAGCAAAAUCGGAUCCGAAGUUGUCCGACUCUCCACCACCGAUGCUGACGAAGCUGAAAAUGCUCAAAGUGUUUACAUCAUUGAGGACGGUGGUGACUCAGCUUAUUUCAGCAUCGAAACACUCGAUCACCAGGGAGUCUUAAAAGUUAAAAAGAGGUUGGAUUAUGAAACCACCCCUAACCACCAAUACCACGUCAAAGUGAGAGCUAGAAACACCCAUCUUGACCCCUCUCUUGCGUACCUUGGUGCAUUGGAUGACGUCACUGAUGUCGUCAUCACCGUCACUGACGUCAACGAACCGCCUGAGUUCACAGAGGUCAAUUUCGAAUUUUCAGUUCGAGAGGACGCUAUUAGAGGAUUCCCCAUUCGAGCCGUGACCGCCAGUGACCCCGAGGGCGACAUUUUCUCUUAUUUCAUGAAAGACGAGAGCAAAAAAUUCGCGAUCGACCCCAUUUCCGGAAUGAUUUCCGUGGCUGGGAAGCUCGAUAGGGAAGACAAAGACACUUAUGACGUCACAGUGUACGCGGGGUCACCGGGGGCGCUAGAGCAAGGCAGUUCCGCUCGAGUGACGAUCAGUAUUAGUGACGUCAACGACAAUCCACCACGACCGCUCGGAGGCGAUAAAGUGGAGGUCGUACUGUGUGACAAUCGGCACGACAAAGGCCAGAUCCUUUACCCUAGCAUUAAGUUCUCUGACCCCGAUUCGGAAAGCAACGGAGCCCCGUUUAAGUUCUACAGCACCGAUGACGAUAAUUAUAAACACUUCGAAAUUAUAAACAACAACGACGGCAGCGCUAACCUGCGCACAGUACAUAAAGGUUACUCGUCUUCCAUUCGAGAAUAUAAACUUCCCUUCAUAGUUGAAGAUAACGGAAGACCGAAGUUGAACGCGUCAUAUACGAUCACAGUUCGAGCCUGUCAGUGCACAGACGAUGGAGAAGAGCUUUGUGACGUCAUAGCGUUAACUGGUGCGCUGCCCUUUGAGAUGUUGCUGGUUAUUCUGGCCGUUGUUGUACUUUUACUAGUUUUCGUUGUCGUUCUCAUAACGGUUCGACGCCGUCGUCACAAUCGCGCGGAGUUAUUACUCAAAGCCAGCAUCAGUUCUAGUGAAGAUGACGUGAGGGAGAACAUCAUAACUUACAAUGAGGAGGGAGGGGGAGAAGAAGAUACAGCGGCAUUUGACUUGAGUGCGCUGCAACGAGACUACUGCAGCAGCUCUUCCGGGUCUCAGGUGAAACACAGACUCGAUUUCUCCAGUCCUCCUUCGACCAAAGUGAGCACGGUCCCACCUUAUGUCCCCAAUCUUAACGGUGUGUCCCCUGACAUACGAGAUUUCAUUAUUGAUAGGAAAUCAGCCGAGGACCAAGACGAUGCAAAACUAGCAUUCGAUUCACUUCAGAUAUACGCUUACGAAGGGGAAGGGUCGGACGCUGGUUCACUGAGCAGUUUAGCAAGCGGUUCUGACGACUCUGAGCAAAACUACGACUACCUGCGUGACUGGGGACCAAGAUUUGACCGAUUGGCAAACAUAUACGGAUCGGGGAGGCCGCAGUUGUCUGACGGGGAAACACGCACUCCCUCCCCGGCAAACUCUCACCUUAGCAGCCGAGGUACGAUGGGACGUCGAAAAACAGCGCUGUAAACUUCGCUAAGGAUCUUAUUACUAUUAAGAAGCGUUGACGUAGCUGCCCGAGUGCAAAAAGCCAGUAGAACGAUGUUUACACAGCAUUAAAGAGACAUUCUUCACAAAACUGUUUCCAGUGCUUUUACCAACAAAGACAUUCUUCAGUCUCAUCCAGAAGGCAAUUUCCGUUCUAUUUUUUACUGUAUGCGUAGCGUAGUCGUUUCUAUUUUAUUUCAUGAGUGUUUUUUUCACGGCCGUAUCGCUUCUACAUUGGUUGCCAAUAACUGUUCGUUUUUUCUACUUCUUUUCGCCAAUACAUAUUCCAAUACUAUAGUUUAA